GGCUAUGCCACUUACCAGUCCGACCUCUCUCUUGAUACUGGGGUGACCUCUUUUCUGGGCAUGCGUUUCGCCGCGCCUCCCACCGGUCAACUGAGGUGGCAAGCACCCCAACCCCCAGCCUCCGUGGGCGGUAUCCAGAAUGCUACCACCUUCCCUCCAGAAUGUCCACAGGGAUACACCGGGGUUUCCUCUGUGAACCCUUUCGAGAAGAGAUCCCUGCUCAGGAGGGAUACCGACAGCGAAGACUGCUUGUUCCUCAACGUCCAUACUCCCUCAAACAUUAGCAGUAACGCCAGCUUACCAGUCGUAUUUUGGAUCCAUGGCGGUGGAUACACUGCUGGAAACGCUAGUCUCGAAACGGCGCAGGAUCUUGUCAAAGAGUCGGACUACCGAGUAGUAGCCGUCAGCAUUCAGUAUCGUCUGGGAUUAUUCGGUUUCCUCGCUGGUCAAGAAGUCAAUGACGGCGGUGCAUUGAACGCUGGACUGCUUGAUCAACAGUUUGCUCUGCAAUGGGUUCAAGAUCAUAUCGCGGCCUUUGGCGGAGACCCACAGCGAGUUACUAUCUGGGGUGAGUCUGCUGGUGCAGGCUCGGUACUCCAGCAUGUUGUGGCACAUGGCGGCAACACACAACCGCCGUUGUUUCGAGCCGCGAUGAUGAGCUCGUCCUUCCUUCCGUUCCAAUAUGAUUACAACGCUCCAAUUCCCCAAAAACUUUAUUCCGACACAGUUGACGCGGCAAAUUGUUCCAAAGCUCCUGACACACUUGAAUGCCUUCGCUCUACGGAUAUCGGGCUAUUGAGCGCCGCGAACGUUGCUAUCGCGGCGAAUAACUUCUACGGUACUUAUGCGUUCGUUCCUGUUGUCGACGGGUCGCUCAUCGUCGAGCGACCAACGGUUACACUUAACCGCGGUCAGGUUAACGGGGAGGCCCUGCUUGCAGUGACUAAUGCCUUCGAGGGAAACAUCUUCGUGAAUGCCACAUUUUUCGCAAACACUUCUUACAGCCUGGCGGACUACGUCAGCCAACUGUUUGACGGGUUAAAUGAGUCUCAGAUUCAAGACACAGUGGACCUCUAUUCUAAUGUUCCUAGUCUUCCUGACACGCUAUCUCAGGCCGAGGCUGUGAUGGGAGAAAGUAUCUUUAUAUGUCCGACAUACUACACCCUCAGAGCUUUCGGAGCGAACUCUUGGAAGGGCGAAUUCGCUGUGCCACCAGCAACGCACGGCCAGGACGUCUACUAUUAUUAUGAAAGCAUAUAUCCUUCAGUGCGCACAUUCAACAACACCGACUUUUUGAACGCCUUCUCAGGGGCAUUCCUCGAUUUCACCGUGUUCCUCAACGAGUCCGACAAGAUCAACGGCUCUAACAUCACGCCACAGUGGCCUACCUGGGAUGAUGACUACACUGAAAUGCUGUUUAACCAAUCGACGACGAACGAGCCUGUUGUGGAGACGAUUCAGACCGACGAACAGCUCCUGAAGCGUUGCGAGUGA